CCAUAUAUGUUAAUUAUGUCAAAUCGGCUGUGCCUGGGCCGUGAACACUCUCAUUUCCUCUCUGUUAUUAUGUUGUCCAAUAUUGAACCAAUAGAAUUUUAGUUCAAGGAUCAGUCCUUUCGUUGUGAAUGACCCCAAACUCCAAACGGAUUGGAUUUGGGAUGACUUCGCCGUUUGGAUUCGUGAUCAAACACUGAAGAUGGGACAAAAUCAGUCAGGCACCGGUGGUACAGGAGGUGAUAAGAAAGAUGACAAGGAUAAGAAGAAGAAAUAUGAACCGCCUAUUCCUACCAGAGUCGGCAAGAAAAAACGGCGCACAAAGGGGCCGGACGCUGCUUUGAAGUUGCCCCAAGUUACACCACAUACACGGUGCAGAUUGAAGCUUUUAAAGCUGGAGAGAAUAAAGGACUAUCUGUUGAUGGAGGAAGAAUUUAUUAGAAAUCAAGAAAGAUUGAAGCCACAGGAAGAAAAGAAUGAAGAGGAAAGGUCAAAGGUGGACGAUCUGCGUGGAACUCCUAUGUCCGUUGGAACGUUGGAAGAAAUAAUUGAUGAUAAUCAUGCAAUAGUUUCUACGUCUGUGGGUUCUGAGCAUUAUGUAUCAAUUUUAUCAUUUGUGGACAAGGAUCAAUUGGAACCUGGUUGUUCAGUGUUGUUGAAUCAUAAAGUUCACGCUGUCGUUGGAGUUUUAGGGGAUGAUACAGAUCCUAUGGUUACAGUAAUGAAACUAGAAAAAGCUCCACAAGAAACUUAUGCUGAUAUAGGUGGGCUCGAUACGCAAAUUCAAGAGAUUAAGGAAUCCGUGGAAUUGCCUUUGACGCACCCAGAAUAUUAUGAAGAAAUGGGUAUUAAACCCCCGAAAGGAGUCAUACUUUACGGCCCACCGGGAACUGGGAAAACGUUGUUAGCGAAAGCUGUUGCUAAUCAGACAUCGGCAACUUUCCUGAGAGUCGUCGGAUCCGAGCUUAUACAAAAAUAUUUAGGAGACGGUCCGAAACUCGUCAGAGAAUUAUUUAGAGUCGCGGAAGAGCAUGCCCCGUCUAUCGUAUUCAUAGACGAAAUAGAUGCCGUAGGAACGAAGCGAUACGACAGUAAUAGCGGAGGAGAACGUGAAAUUCAAAGAACUAUGUUAGAACUCCUGAAUCAACUUGAUGGUUUCGAUAGCAGGGGAGACGUUAAAGUCGUGAUGGCCACCAAUAGAAUUGAGACGUUAGAUCCAGCGUUAAUUAGGCCAGGUCGCAUCGACAGGAAAAUCGAAUUUCCACUGCCAGACGAGAAGACGAAGAAGAGAAUUUUCAGCAUUCAUACCAGCAGAAUGACUUUAGCACCUGACGUAAACCUAGCCGAGCUAAUUAUGGCCAAAGACGAUCUUUCAGGUGCAGAUAUAAAGGCUAUUUGCACCGAAGCUGGUUUAAUGGCGUUACGCGAACGCCGUAUGAAAGUUACUAGCGACGAUUUCAAGAAAUCGAAAGAGAGUGUUUUAUAUCGAAAGAAAGAAGGUUCCCCCGAAGGAUUGUACCUAUAAUAAUAUUCUUUAUUUACAUAAUGCAUUGAAACGUAAAAAUAUUGUACAAGCUAAUAAAAA